AUGAACCUGGAUACAUGGUGUGUUACGUACCUGUCUACCUACCUUGUUCCUGUAGCAAAUCUUGGUCAAUCAACGGGAGCAUCUUCUUUACAACCGACUUUUGCUGGAAACAGCUCAGUACCCGUGACACAAACAGAGUCCCAGAGCGUGCUGGCGUCUGAUACGUCGGUUACAACUUCUGCUACAUCUUCAGAAGCUCAAUCGGGCUCAGAAACAGGGUCAUUUGUUCCAACGACCGGAACUCUGACCGACCAAAUCACCACCUCAUCAGGAUCUAUCAUUAGCAGCGAUGCCCUCACUACCUCAACAGGCAUAAUAGAACCACCAGGCCGCCCCGUGAUAUUCCUCAUCUCCGCUCCCAAACCCCGCAAACGACAAAACACAGACAAAGGUUUCGUCGGAAACAACAAUCCAUCAAUUUGCACCUUUGCUCAAAGUUUCAACCUCGCUGAAGAGCAGCUCUUCAUAGGAGGAGUUCCAUUAUUCUACGACGGUGAAGAUUACAAGGAGCUUGCUGCGGGACCUUCGCCUCCGGCAGGUGCUGUUACGAGACUCUUCACUGCAGCUGGUCGGUCGCUGCAGGUGGAUUUGCCUGGUCGUGAUGUAGGAUUCUGUCAAGCGAGGGAUGGGAGGGUUUAUGUAAUUUUUGCGAGUGGACCGGUUGGAUGUGAGGCUGUGACUUUGGAGGUUUAUGAUGCCAACGUCACACGCUCUUCAGAGACAACGGAGGCUGCUGAGAGUAGCUCCGAGGAGAGUACCUCAGCUGCCACGACUAAAACUACGACUGAAGCUGGACAGUUCACCACUGAGGACGAAACGACUGUAGAGGCUGCUAUUGAGAGCGAGACUACCACCGCCGAGGCUGCAACUACGACAGAUACAACGACUGCCGUUUUUACCACUCAAGAGAGCUCAACUGUAGCCACAACUGCUGAAGAGACGACCACCGAAGACCUUACAACCAUCGAGUCAACAAUUGACACUCCAACAACAACGACAACACAACCUCUGCCCUAA